AUGCCGCUUGAAGAUAUGGAGGCUCCAAAUCUAUGUCAACCCCAUCUUGGUGAUACCUCUACCCGAGACCCUCUUGCUGACAUCUCUAAUGUUGAUCAUCAUUUUCGAAUGACUGCAAUGCCAGUGCAAGGUACUGCUGAUACAAUUCAUGAUGAUGAAGAACAUAACAUGACCUCAUCAAUAGAAAAAAGGGACAUUAUAAACGCACGGAGAAGGGCAGCUUAUAAGGAGAAAAAAGAAAAGGAAGAUGCUCCGAUUAUGUACCAUCACAAGAACAAAGGGAUAAGAUAG